GCCCCGCGGCACGGCCCCGAGCUGCGGGACGAGGCGGGCCGAGCGCUGCCGGAGCGCAGUCAUGUGAUGGAGCGAAGAUGGCUGCCGGGGAGCCGUGCGCUGCCGCGGGGAUGAAGGAAGACUUUGAGAUCAUUGACAAAACGCAGGUGCCUGACACAGCCGAGCUGAAAAACGUGGAAAAAGAAAAGGAGGAAGCGAAGUGGUCCGCUCCCAUCUUAUCGCUGGCAAAGAAAGCCUCCGAAAACCUGGCGCUGAGCUAUGGCAGCGCUCUGAAGUCUGCGGCUUCGGUAGGACUCAUAUCCAAAGCAGUCAGCAAUGACAGCACAGCAAAAACAACCGCGAGGCACCACGCCAUGGAGGAGCGCGUCAACCUCAUGAACAUGAUGAAGCUGAGCAUCAAAACCCUGAUCCAGUCGGCCCUGAGCCUGGGCCGCACCCUGGACUCCGACUUCCCUCCUCUGCAGCAGUUCUUCGUGGUGCUGGAGCACUGCCUGAAGCACGGCCUGAAAGCGAAGAAGACCUUUAUUGGACAGAACAAAUCGUUCUUUGGUCCUUUGGAGCUGGUGGAAAAGCUUUGUCCUGAAGCAUCAGAUAUAGCGACUAGUGUCAAAAAUCUGCCAGAGCUGAAGACUGCUGUAGGAAGAGGAAGGGCUUGGCUUUAUCUGGCACUCAUGCAAAAGAAACUGGCAGAUUAUCUUAAAGUGCUUUUGGACCAUAAACAUCUAUUGAGUGAAUUUUAUGAACCUGAUGCACUGAUGAUGGAGGAGGAGGGAGCAGUCAUUGUGGGUCUCUUAGUUGGACUGAAUGUCAUUGAUGCCAACCUUUGCUUGAAAGGAGAAGACUUGGAUUCUCAGGUUGGAGUGAUUGAUUUUUCUCUGUACCUUAAGGAAACACAAGACAGUGAUGGCAAACAAGAUGGAGGCAUUACUGCUGUCCUUGACCAGAAGCAUUAUGUGGAAGAGCUGAACCGGCACCUAAGUUGCACAGUCACAGAUCUUCAGAACAAAAUAGACUGCUUAGAAAAGACCAACUCAAAGCUGCAGGAAGAGCUUGCAGCAGCAACUGACCGAAUUGGCUCACUGCAGGAAGAGCAGCAGCAGUUAAAGCAACAAAACGAAUUAAUUCGGGAACGAAGUGAAAAAAGUGUUGAGGUGACAAAAGAGGAUACAAAAGUAGAACUGGAUACUUACCGGCAGUCCCGGCAGGGUCUGGAUGAAAUGUACAGCGAUGUCUGGAAGCAGUUGAAAGAAGAGAAGAAAAUGAGGCUGGAACUAGAGAAGGAGUUGGAGCUACAGAUUGGAAUGAAAACAGAAAUGGAAAUAGCCAUGAAACUUCUGGAAAAAGAUACUCAUGAAAAACAAGAUACCUUGGUUGCACUUCGCCAACAGUUAGAGGAAGUGAAAGCAAUUAACUUGCAGAUGUUUCACAAAUCUCAGAAUGCAGAGUGUUCUUUACAACAGAAAACAGAAGCAAUAUCUUCUUUUGAAGGAAAAACGAAUGAGAUGAUGUCUUCUAUGAAACAAAUGGAAGAGAGAUUGCAGCAUGCAGAAAAGGCAAGGCAAGCUGCAGAGGAAAGAUGCAACAAGAUGAAGCAAGAGCUUGCCAGCAGACUUGACACUUGUCGGCAGCAAAUGUCCCAGCUGGAUAGCAAAUGCUCAACUCUGGAAAAGGAAUUAAAAUCUGAAAAGGAACAGAGACAAACUUUGCAAAGAGAAUUACACCGAGAGAAGGAUGCCACCUCUCUGCUUAGAACAGAAUUGGAACAAAUGGAAGGACUGAAAAAGGAGCUGAGAAAAUUGCAAGAUGAGAAGCAGCAGCUGGAGAAAGUCUGUGAGGAGCAGGAGCAAGCUCUGCAAGAGAUGGGGCUUCAUCUCAGCCAAUCUAAGUUGAAGAUGGAAGACAUUAAAGAAGUAAACAAAGCACUAAAGGGUCACACCUGGCUGAAAGAUGACGAAGCAACACACUGCAAGCAGUGCGAGAAGGAAUUCUCUAUCUCAAGAAGAAAGCAUCACUGCAGAAACUGCGGGGACAUCUUCUGCAACACCUGCUCCAGCAACGAACUGGCGCUGCCCUCAUACCCUAAACCUGUCCGUGUCUGUGACACUUGUCACACCUUGCUACUUCAGCGGUGUUCAUCUAAUUCCUCCUAAGCCUCUGGAAACCUCAGAGGGACCGACUCAGCAUUGGAGAAGUAGCCAUCAUGGAUUCUGAAUUCCAGGCACCUUUGCAGCAGCGUCUGCUCUAUUUUCCAUCGUUAGGACAGGUCAGUGUGGAAGAAUGGUCGGGGAUAACUAAAAUUGUAUUACCUGAGUUCCAUUCAAGUUCUAUUUGAGACUAAAAUGCAAAUCCAUUUUCUGAUUUUUUUAUACAGGAGAUGUUUGUAUUAAUAUUUGUAUAUGGGAUUUCUAGUUACUCAGUCCCCCUAGAAGUUACUUUUUCUGUACAUGAACUUCAGUUCCUCUGUAUCCUCACUGUAGGCAUUCCUGUGACACUGGCUAACGUACAGCUGUGUAUGGGCUAAGGAAAGGAAUGUUCACUUACCAAUUGUCUAUGGAAAGAGCUUUAUGAGUGUCCAUGAAUGUGCCUUCUGUAUUCAGAGUAAAAAACCUACACCUUAACACUUGUUCUGAAAGUAGCUGUGAGCACAGUGUGGUAGCUGCACAAUAAAGUCUUUUGCAAAAAGAUUCAGUUCUGACUUUUUCUAAUGCUCCAUCAGUCCCAUAGCCUGGAAGCGAGCCUUGUUGCAGCGUGGUGCAGGGCUAAGGCUUAGAAACACAGACCGAAACAGAUUUCAGUACUACUGAAUACUGCAGGCAGUGAGCAUGGCUGGGAGCAGGGCAGCCCUUCAGAGGAAGCUUCAGCUGUCACUAAGCUUGAACUGUUUAUAAAACCACAUCUGUGAGCAUGGAGUUUGACAAAUUGAAUUUAUUGAAACACGGCUGCACUAAGCUGCAAAGUCCAUUGAUCCAGCAUCGAUGCCUGUAGCUACGUACACAGUUAUCCCCCAGCCCUCUCUGCAACUUCACAACCACGUUAGGCAGCCAACAUCAGGCUCUGUGCUGUUCUGAACCCCUGCAGUUUGUAGCCCCCACCCCAACAGGACGCACCUUCCUUCACUGCUUGUGGCUGGGAAACAGUCAUCACUUUUACAUCCCACAAGGCCCCACAGCUUCUUCACUCCUCCAGCCAGUCCCAGUAACUCACAGCAGACACAGAGUAGCACAAUUAUUGACUACAAAGCAGCAUCUCCACUUCUGUGGUACAGAUAGAGGCAGAAGUUCAAGAAGAAAUGAGUUCCAGUUUUUAAAAGGAAGAUUUAUUUAACAAGUUUCACUUAGCGCAAUACACCUAAAAAGGAAAUCACAAUACAAUGAAAGAUUAAAUCAAGGCCUCAGAAUUGUAUACGAACACCAAGACCGAAAUCCUAAAGUAGCCGUAUUGCGUCUCAACACGUUUCCCCCAUUAACUUAAAAAAAAAAGCUUUAA